GCCUUGUGCCACUUCCUGUCAUUUUCUCUGGGUCCUUGCUGCUGAUGCACUGUGACCGGCUGACUUCCUGCUCCUGACACCAGGUCUCCUGUGCCCCGGUGGAAAUAUAUCUUCAAACUGGUGCUCAUCACAACAAAAUAAAACUAACCAGAAGACCAAUCACCUGCUUUCCUUGUCCUCUCAGAAAAUGGCCACUCACGGGGAGGCCUCCGAGGAGCGGAUUUCCGAGAUUGAUUAUGAGUUUCUCCCUGAGCUCUCUGCUCUUCUCGGUGUGGAUGCAGUCCAGUUCGCAAAGAGUCUAGAAGAAGAAUACCAUCAGGAACGAGUGAAAAUGAAGAAAGGUUUUAACUCGCACAUGCGCAGUGAGGCCAAGCGAUUAAAGACUUUCGUGACCUAUGACACAUUCAGAUCAUGGCCGCCACAGGACAUGGCAGCCGCUGGGUUUUACUUUACCGGGGUGAAACUUGGGGUUCAGUGCUUCUGCUGCAGCUUAAUCCUCUUUGGUACCAGCCUAAGGAAAACUCCCGUAGAAAGCCACAGGAGAUUGCGCCCAGGAUGCGAGUUCCUUUUGGGCAAAGACGUCGGUAACAUCGGCAAGUAUGACAUCAGCGUGAAGAGUCCCGAGAAGCUGAGAGGUGGCAAAGCAAGGUACCAAGAAGAGGAGGCCAGACUGGAGUCCUUUGAGAACUGGCCGUUUUAUGCCCAUGGGACAUCGCCCCGUGUGCUCUCAGCAGCUGGCUUUGUCUUUACAGGUAACUGGAUUCUAUCUUCUGAGGUGUUUCUUAUCGGUCAACUUUUCGCUAACUUGGACAAGUUCUCAAGCCUGAAAGAAUUGUCUGUGAGACUAGAUGGCAUUCCAGAUGUGCUUUUGAUCAUCCCUGGGGAUUUUUCAAAACUCCAUCACAUGGAGAAGUUAUCCAUCCAAACUUCCACAGAGUCUGACCUCUCCAAACUGGUUAAAUUGAUCCAGAACUCUCCAAAUCUCCAAGUUUUCUACCUGAAAUGUGAUUUCUUUUCGAACUGUGAGUCUCUCAUGACUGUGCUUGCUUCCUGCAAGAAACUCAGAGAGAUUGAGUUUUCUGGACGAUGCUUUGAAGCCAUGCCAUUUGUCACCAUUUUGCCAAAUUUUGUGGCCUUGAAGAUAUUGAAACUUGGGCGCCAACAGUUUCCAGAUAAGGAAACAUCAGAAAAGUUUGCCCAGGCUCUGGGUUCUCUCAGGAACCUGGAGGAACUGCUCCUUCCCAGUGGGGACGGGAUUCACCACGUGGCCAAACUGAUUGUCCGGCAGUGUCUGCAGCUUCGGUGUCUCCGAGUUCUUGCCUUUAAGGAGACCUUGGAUGACGACAGUGUGAUGGAAAUCGCCAAGGGAGCAACCAGUGGAGGUUUCCAGAAACUUGAGAACUUAGAUCUUUCAAUGAAUCACAAGAUUACAGAGGAAGGGUACAGACAUUUCUUUCAAGCCCUGGACAACCUGCCAAACUUACAAGUGCUCAGCAUUUCCAGGCAUCUCCCAGAAUCCAUCCAAGUUCAGGCCACCACUGUCAAGGCUCUGAGUCAGUGUGUGUCCCGACUGCCCAGGCUCACCAGGCUUGAGAUGCUCAGUUGGCUCCUGGAUGAAGAGGACAUGAAAGUGAUUAAUGCUGUGAAGGAGAGACACCCUCAGUCCGAAUGCUUGACUGUAUUCUGGAAAUGGAUAGUUCCCUUCUCUCCUGUCAUUCAGAAGUAAAGGAUGAAGCCAAAGGCUACCAGUGGUUCUAGAAACCCAAUUUUCCAAUGCAUCUCACUCUAGCUGAGGGUGGGAUAACGCCAGAAUUUAGGACACUGAGGCAGGAGAUAACAGCUUGGAUUAUAUAGUAAGACCAUGCCUCCAAACCAAAACCAAUAACAAACCAUUUUACUAGUGAUUGCAUGUACAAGACUGCUUAUUAAUUAUGGAAGGCUGAUAAUUUUUCCAUUAUUUUUAUUUUGUAUGGAUGGGUGUUUUUGCCUGCAUUUAUGUCGGUGUAUUACAUGGGUGUCUGGUGUCUGCAGAGGACCAAAAAGUGUAUUGAAUGCCCCAGGGUCUGGAGUUAUAGAUGGUUGAGGGUCUCCAUUUGGGUUCUGGGAACCGUACCUUGGUCUUACAAAAGCAACAAGUGCUCCUAAUCCCUGAACCACCUCUCCAGCCCAAGUCCGAUGAUUUAUUAAAGCCUGCAUGCCCAUCAUUGAACUUAGGAGCUAUGAUGAGCUAUCUUCAUAUGGUCCUUCUGUCUGAAGACUAGAGCUUCACUCAAGUUCAUACCUAGAACCCUCCAUUGCCAAAGUCAACAGGAAUGGGUGGGGAAGGGAGCAUUGAUCUAUGUAAAAGCCACAAUAUGAAGGAGUAUUUGAUGAAGGUAAGAUAUGGUCAGUCCCACCCAUGAUGAAGCAUGAGUCGACUUUAGCACAGGAUGCAGACAACUCUUUGCAGAGAUGCUCUUUAGUCUUUGCAGGCUUCUGUAUAGUCACCAGCCUUGGUGUGGCCAUGCUUGCUCACACCAUCUCCCAUCCAUUGCCAAUGUGAGGAAGAAAGUGGGCUUAGAGAAAACUGCUUUUGUUCCAGAGGCUUUUGAGAGCUUUGCAUGUGAUGUAGUGGUCUCACGGUUUUCUUAGGAAUCCACGGUACUUGGUAUAUAUGCUUCUAUCUAGUAAGGGCUUCUUGAUAUAUUCAUGUGGUAGUUUGAAUAGGAAUGGUCCCCAUAGGCUCAUCUAUUUGAAUGCUUGGUCAUCAGGGAGUGACA